AUGCCUGUAUCCGAACCAGAACUCCCUGCUGUGCUUGAAAGUGCGCCUGCCGAGGUACGGAAGUACGAGCACCUCAAAUCACAGCCUGAGAAUCCAUUCUCAAAGCUGAUUUCCGGACAGAAGAUCGCUCUGAUCCCAAGCUUCACCCUAGAGUCUGGCGUGACUCUUACAAAUGUUCCCGUAGCCUACAAGACGUCCGGUUGUCUGAACGAGGCCCGCAAUAAUGUCAUGGUGAUUUGCCAUGCACUAACAGGCAGCGCCGAUGUCUGGGAUUGGUGGGGUCCUCUAAUUGGACCUGGGAGGGCAUUCGAUACGGGGAGGUUCUUCGUCGUAUGCUGUAACAGUCUUGGAAGUCCGUACGGUAGCGCUUCACCAUGUACAACGGAUCCAGAGACUGGGAGGAUUUAUGGCCCCGAGUUCCCACUGACGACGGUGCGGGAUGAUGUCAACAUUCAUAAGCUCAUAUUGGAUUACUUGGGAGUUAAGGAGAUUGCUGUGGUAAUUGGUGGUUCUAUGGGAGGAAUGCUUGUUCUUGAGUGGGCGUACUUUGGAAAAGACUAUGUUAAAUCCAUAGUGCCAAUUGCUACAAGUUCUCGUCACUCGGCUUGGUGUAUCUCAUGGGGAGAAGCACAAAGGCAAAGUAUUUAUUCAGAUCCAAAGUAUGAGGAUGGCUAUUACCCAUUUGAAGAUCCACCUGUUGCGGGAUUGGGAGCUGCAAGAAUGAGUGCGCUGUUGACAUAUCGAACUCGCAACUCAUUCGAAUCCCGUUUCGGCCGCAAUACACCCGAUCCAUCUCGUAACCCGCAACCAAACUCCCCAGGGAACCAAACCCCCAGCACCCCCGGUGAGGGUCACUGGGCAAUCCACAAUGAAGGUUUCAAAAAUGCGAGGCGAUUACCGUCUCGUAGCAGCUCAAUUUCUUCAAUUCCUGCACUGGACAAUCUAGGACACACUGGGGCUGGCACUCAACUAGAUACGAAGGUGGAUGAAGAAGGUGUUUCCUCGGUUCUUCCGCCCGGGUUGCCUCCAGUCUCUACUCCCCGAUCUCCAAUAUCGAACGGGAGGAAAAAAUGCCCAACAUACUUUUCCGCGCAAAGCUACCUGCGAUAUCAAGGAGACAAGUUUGUAAAGCGCUUCGACGCAAACUGUUAUAUUGCCAUCACUCGGAAGCUCGAUACACAUGAUAUUUCUCGUGGCCGUGUUGAUGAUGGUGAUGUCCGGGCUGCAUUGCGUCUCAUUGAGCAACCAGCUCUUGUGAUUGGCAUAGAGAGCGAUGGGCUGUUUACAUACGCCGAACAACAAGAACUAGCAAAGUUCAUACCGAAUGCACGACUGGCAACAAUCGAUAGCCCUGAGGGUCACGAUGCAUUUUUACUACAGUUCGAGGAGGUUAAUAGACAUAUACUGGGUUUCUUAAAAGAGACAUUACCGGAAUUUAUGGAUAGACCGCCGAUAAAUGUAGAAGCUGCCGAGGAGACAGAUGGAAUUGGUGAAGUGAAAGCUGGAACGGUUGGAGAGGUGGAUGAUAUCACUGCUUGGUAG